AUGAAUACGCGAUCUUUGGCUAAGAUCACCGCUGCUGUGGCCAUGGGCUACGUUGCUUACCGCGGCAUGCGGAGCUUCUUGCGGAAUGAGAUCACGGUGAGCAUCACGGAGGUGGUGCAUCUUCCCCCAAGCGACAAGAUGCUAGAAGUGGAUGAACAAGCCACGCUUGUGGGAGAGAUUCAAUGUGAGGCAUAUCUGAUGCACAGCUACCGAUUUCAGAUGAAGCUCGCUGCAAACAUUAAAGGAGGGUCCCUCCAACCGUCCUCUACACCCCGCUUGCGCCACCGCGUCAUGCACAUGGCGGAAAAUGGCAAAUACCGCAACGUGGUACCAUACUCUGGAAGUAAAAAACGAGAAGGGUUUCCCAGCAUCCUCGUGGAUGACGUAAAUUGCAUGGUCGACUACUGGGAACUUGCGAUGAACGGUGGUAUAUUUUUCACACCUGCCUGCAUCGGAGAUGAACUGCUGCUGCGUUACGAGGGACCAGUGAAGGAGGGAUGUACGCUUAACACGGCUGUACGGAACUGUUACAUACAGACCGAUGGUACGCCGGGUCUGAAGCGUCUCUCUUUUGAUUUGGUUGUGUACGACGUUGUACACGCUGUGAAGGUACACAUUGAACUUCCUAAUCGCUAUUGUGAAGUUGUUGCUAUCCACACUGGGGGUGUGGGCCGCAUCCAUCAGCCAAACCCGCAUAAGCCUCACCACUUUGACUGGGAGGUCAAUACCGUUGACGAAACGACGUGGAAGGGCGUUAAGGAGUUGGGUCCCGACGUGCUGCCGGAGGCCCGCCUCGCCCGCCGCGGCUUCACUGACGAGGACUUGACUGCUGCGAUGGAGCGAGGCGGCAGGAAGGGCAAUGACCCUGGUUCCAUGGCCAAUAACUACCCUCUCCGAGACGUGGCGGAGCUGCGGUUAGAGGAAAAGGGGGAAGAUUUCGAGGAAGAUGACUGCAGUGACGCAGCCGGUGGGAUGCUGUAUCACCGCGAAAGAUCCGGGCUUCCUGACGGCAAACGCCUGCUUGACGCGCAUUUUAUACUCAUCUUUGAGGAGCCGGAUGGUGUGGAGUAUGAUUACGCCUCGAGUGAUUCAGACCUUCCUGAUGACGAAGACGAGGGUGAUAAUAGCAACAACAACAACAACGGAAGGACUACGAGGAAAAAGAGUGGUAGGAGUGCUUCUCAUGCCGACGGCAAAAGUAGCAAAAAAUCUCUGAAGCGCGAGGAGCGCGCACGCAGAAAACAACUGCAGCGUCGUAGUGUAGACUCUAUCCUCACGGCUGGUCUGGGUGUCUCUACGCGCGUACCCUCUGUAGAACUGUCAUAUAGUGUUGUUGGUCUCGCGUCUGGAGUAACAGUGCGGAAGCUGCAAACAGUGAGCGACCGGCCGAACUGGGCGCCACGGUCUCUUCUCGACACAUGUCUUUUGCGCUGGCUGGUUCCUGGCAUCCUCCAGCGACGACUGGGGAAGUACGCCCACUACACCACUUGGUUCGUUCAGCCUGUUCCGGUUGCGCUGCUGUGA